GCCAUUAGUUUAGCUGUCACUUGAUCAGCGCUGAGUGUCUUCAGUGAGGACUAGCGAAGAGACCAGGACUGCCAUGUGGUCACUCACCUCCCGCUCCCCACACACUGCACGAGAGUCGAGCAGGAUGGAGGUCCACUCGUUGCACUGAGAUAAACAGAGAGAGAGAGCGAGAGAGUGAGUGAGAGAGAUCAGCAGGCUGAUAGACUUCAAUAUCUCACCAAAUCUAAACACCGAAAUCCUACACCAAUUUCGCCUCGAACUCUGGACGAUUUCUGAUAGUUACUGAUAAAAAAAUUUGAGAGCCGUUCUGUAUAAUUAGAGUUUGCUGUUUCCAGGGAACAGUGAUUUCCUCCCUCGAAAUAAGACUUCCAGGAAUGGAGUCGAUCCCCAGUCAGCUUCCAACGGGACGAGAUUCCAACUCUUCCCCCAACUCGAAACAAGAACUUCAACCAUACUCCAGUACCAGCUCUCUUAAACCCAACCAAGUCAGUGAAACUGCGUUAUAUGGAGUUCCCAUCGUUUCUUUGGUAAUAGACGGCCAAGAAAGACUCUGCCUGGCACAAAUUUCAAAUACUUUAUUAAAGAACUACAGUUACAACGAAAUCCACAAUCGACGCGUUGCUCUUGGGAUCACUUGUGUGCAGUGCACACCGGUCCAGCUCGAGAUUUUGCGGCGCGCGGGGGCAAUGCCCAUAUCUUCAAGGCGCUGUGGGAUGAUCACCAAGCGCGAGGCCGAAAGGCUCUGCAAAUCAUUUCUUGGCGCUCACAGUCCCCCCAAACUACCCGAAAACUUCGCAUUUGAUGUGUCUCACGAAUGCGCUUGGGGAAGCCGCGGUAGCUUCAUACCAGCUAGGUAUAAUAGCUCUAGAGCGAAGUGUAUUAAGUGCACGUAUUGCAAUAUGUACUUUUCUCCCAACAAAUUCAUCUUUCAUUCACAUCGUACUCCCGAGUCAAAAUACACGCAGCCAGAUGCUGCUAAUUUCAAUUCUUGGCGGCGCCACCUCAAAUUAACAGACAAAAGCAUAUCGGACGACGUGGCCCACGCGUGGGAGGACGUGAAAGCCAUGUUCAAUGGCGGAAGCCGUAAAAGGACGCUCCCUAUUGGGGCGUCUGAGCGUUCUUCUCCUCUAAAACCACCGAGUUCCGGCAGCCUUCCUCAAAGCAGUUCACCCGAGAUCCCUCACAAAACUAUGCGCUGCGAGGAAGACCGAGAUAACCUCAGCCUGGCUAACAGCGUGCGCAGCUACCCCGUCAUUCCUGUGCCAAGUAAGAGUUUCGGGAUGUUGCAAAAAAUACCACCGCCGCUCUUUCCACACCCGUAUGGAUUUCCAGCAUUUGGACUGUGUCAAAAGAAAGACGAUGGCGUUGGAAUCGGAGAACAAAAUAAAACCAAUCUGUCUGGUGUGUUUUGGCCCGGAGCAAAGGACAGUGUAUACCCUUCUUUCCCAAUGUUUUGGCCCGCAACCGGCAGCCUCCCCAUCCCGCCUUACCCGCAAUCGCAACCUAAACCGCCCACAGAACUUCUGAGCAUCAGGCAGAAUGAGCAGGACACUUCAGAGCAGAGCGACCGAAGCACCAACACUCCGAAGGACAGUCUUUUAGACAGUGAACGGUGCUCCAGCACUCAGUCUACCAGAAACGAAGAGGACAAAUCCGGAGAUGAGACUAGAUCAAUGGAGGGAGUACCCAUUGCCCCAAGAAAAAUAAGUUACAUCUCUGCUUUCAGACCAGUCGUCAAAGACGCUGAAAGCAUAGCUAAGCUUUAUGGAAACCGAGAGGCGUACAAUGGGGCCCGCUCCGGGUACAUGUCACCAGAUUUCAUGAGCGAGAGUUCCAGUUAUAGAUCCGUGUCCCCCGACGCGGACAGCGCGGAAGAACCGGAUGUGGAUGUGGAAUCGAACAGGAUGCCCGAAGAUGAAGAAUCUCUCCAGCUUUCGGUGGAGGACCACCACAGCCCACCUGCACUGGUCAUCUCUCAGGUCACCCCAGAAAAGAACCAGGAACCUGAGUCCGAACCGCUGCCCGCCCCGGAGGACUCGCAGAGAGGAACCUUCAGUGAGGCAGGAUCCCCGGGCGAGGAGAGGCAGAGCGAACCCAUAGCAGAUGGCAAUAACCACGCAUCUUUGUAUGAAGUGUACGCACGUGAAAGAGAUGAGCACAUGCCCUUGAGUGUUCCAGCUAAUUUUGGGCCAACCAAAAAUUAUCAGUGCGAGCUACUGGACUCAAACGAUUCACAUAAAGAAGACAUUUCUUCGACAACGAAAGAGAUGGACUUAAAGAAAAGUUACCAGGAUCAAGCCGCUGUCUCCAAGGAAAGUCCGAGAGAGCCACACGCCGGUGAAGAGGUGGUGCGCAGUGAUGUUAACAGGGUACCAUUCAUGGAAAAAGACUUCGAGAACAUGGCAAAAGAUGAAUUGCAGAGACAACUCGUGGAACAAGUGGAACUCAGAAAAAAGCUGGAACGUGAAUUUCGAAGUUUGAAAGACAAUUUUCAAGAUCAAAUGAAAAGAGAACUUUCCUAUAGAGAAGAGAUGGUACAGCAAUUACAGAUAGUCCGAGACACCUUAUGCAGCGAGUUGGACCAAGAGAGAAAAGCUCGCUAUGCAAUUCAACAGAAACUAAAAGAAGCUCACGACGCGCUACACCAUUUCUCGUGUAAGAUGCUAACCCCGCGCCACUGCACCGGAACCUGCUCCUUUAAACCGCCGCUCCUGCCUCCAUAAAAUCGGCAUCUCCUCACUCUCACCGAUCACAGGUCAUUCAGGCCAAAAAGGCAGCGAGUCUAUCCAACCGCCACCUGGCACAGUUCUAGGAAAUACUUUGAGACUAUUUAAGCACCGGAAUCUCCAAUAAAGUACAAACUACCACUGAAGGACUGUUACUGUUCAAGUUGUACAUAUAUAACUGGUGUUAAUAUGACGCUGGAGCUGAUUAAUUGGUGAGCAAAGAGUGAAUAGCGUAUCCUCACUACUAAUUUAAAAAGAAGAGCCGGUAGGUAGUAAUCCGUUCAACAAAUCCAGAUUUAAUUUUCCGGCUCACUGUAUGUACUGUAGAUUGUUAAUAUAAAGUUUUAAAGACCUCUGGUGGAGGAUUUUGUGUAAUCCUCUGAAAACGUCCAACCAUCGCCUCUUUAGAUAUCAUUGGCAUAUAUUAUGUGGCUAUGUGCAAUUAACAUAUAUGUAUACUGUGAUUCUUUUCUUAGUAAAAUAGUACUCUUCAUUUUGAUUUAGUUUUAAUUAAUCUAUGUAUGGAUUUUUACAUUUUUUUGUUGUUGUCAAUAUAUGUUGUUUCCUCUCAUAUAAACUGUUUGUAUAUUAUUGAUGUAAAGCACUUUAACCUGGAUAACCUAUUGACUUAGAUGUGUAAUAAAAAUCUUGUUUGAAAAUUAAA